AUGCGAAUGAGUUGCAAUGGAUGCCGGGUUCUCCGAAAAGGCUGCAGCGAAAACUGCACAAUAAGACAUUGCCUUCAAUGGAUCAAAACACCUGAAGCGCAAUCCAACGCCACCGUUUUCCUCGCCAAAUUUUAUGGGCGCGCUGGUCUCCUUAACCUCAUCAAUGCCGGCGCCCAAGAAUUGCAGCCUGCGAUCUUUAGAUCAUUGUUAUAUGAAUCAUGUGGGCGUAUUGUCAAUCCAAUAAAUGGGGCGACCGGUCUAUUGUGUUCUGGGAACUGGCAUCUUUGCCAGGCGGCAGUUGAAGCCGUGUUGAGCGGUGCGUCUGUGGCGCAAUUCUCUUCUGAGUCGGCGGCGAGUACCAUGAUGAGUCCACCGUUAAAGGCUGGUGAUAUUCGCCACGUGUCAAAGGACGACAAUCCGGCUGCCUGGACGCGAGACUCGCAGAAGGUCAAGACACGUGGUCGGUUCAAGAAAGUUGAGGCUAAGCCGGAGCUGCGGGCUGGUUCACAUGACGAUGUCAAUAACGCGGCCCGGGUCAUGUGGAGCUGGUGCCACGAGAAGGAGGAGCUGGGGGUUACAUCCCCGAGCCGCGACUCUGGGGUGAGUCAAGGUGAACAGGAGAUGCCGUUCAGCCGCGGCUUGGAGAUUAGGGAGGGCGACAGCGCGUCCAUGGAGACAGUGGAAGCAUCAUCGGCUAAGUCAGGUGAGCUGACAGCCGAUGGGAGCGGCAUUGAGUUGGAAUUGACGCUCGGAUUUGAGCCGGUGGCGAAGAAGAGUAAAGUGGGACCCUGA